AUGGUCAAGAUCACAGGUUUCACCACCCGGGAUGUGCGGUUUCCGACAUCCUUGGAUAAGACUGGCUCCGAUGCCAUGAACGCAGCGGGCGACUACUCCGCCGCCUACUGUAUCAUCUACACUGACUCCCCACACGCUGGACAUGGCAUGACCUUCACCAUCGGCCGUGGAAACGAGAUCGUCUGCGCCGCCAUCUCCCUUCUCGCCCCACUCGUCGUUGGAAAGGACUUGGACGAGCUCACAGCCGACUGGGGUAAGACAUGGCGUCAUCUAGUCUCUGACAGCCAGCUGCGCUGGAUUGGUCCUGAGAAGGGUGUUAUUCACCUUGCCCUGGGAGCCGUCGUCAAUGCGCUCUGGGACUUGUGGGCUAAGACACUCGGCAAGCCCGUCUGGCGGAUCGUGGCGGAGAUGACACCCGAGGAGUUCGUUCGUUGCAUUGACUUCCGGUAUAUCACUGAUGCUAUCACUCCUGAAGAGGCCAUUGCUUUGCUCAAGGAGGUUGAGAGUGGCAAGGAAGAGCGUAUCAAGGAGGCGGAGCAGAGCCGUGCAGUCCCUGCCUACACUACUAGUGCCGGAUGGCUUGGCUACAGCGAGGAUAAGCUGAAGGCUCUUCUGAAAGAGACCGUUCAGCAGGGCUACAGGCACUUCAAGUUGAAGGUUGGAGGUAACAUCGAAGACGAUAAGAGGCGGUUGCGCAUUGCUCGUGAGGCCAUUGGUUAUGACAAGGGUAACAUCCUGAUGGUGGAUGCUAACCAGGUCUGGUCUGUACCUGAGGCUAUCAGCUGGAUGCAUGAGCUCGCCGAGUUCAAGCCCUGGUUCAUUGAAGAGCCCACCUCCCCCGACGAUAUCCUCGGCCACGCCGCUAUUAAGAAGGCUCUCGAGAACACCCCACACGGCCCUAUCGGUGUCGCCACCGGAGAGAUGUGUCAGAACCGCGUUAUCUUCAAGCAGCUUCUGCAGGCAGGAGCCUUGACUGUUCUCCAGGCUGAUGCUUGCCGUGUCGGCGGUGUCAACGAGGUCCUCGCUAUCCUCCUGCUUGCUCGCAAGUUCGGUGUCCCUAUCGUCCCUCACUCCGGUGGUGUCGGUUUGCCUGAGUACACCCAACAUCUUAGCACCAUUGACUACGUUGUUGUCAGUGGUAAGAAGAGUGUGCUGGAGUAUGUGGACCACCUACACGAGCACUUCGUGCAUCCCUCCAGUGUCAAAGAUGGUUACUAUGUUACCCCUCUGGAGCCUGGAUACAGUGUCGAGAUGAAGCCCGAGAGUAUGGAUGAGUUUGCCUUCCCCGGUGAGCAGGGCAAGAGUUGGUGGACGACGGAUGCUGCGAAGACAAUUCUGGAGGGUCCUCGGAUAUGA